AUGAAUGCCGUAGCGAGUGUGGGGACCAAUGCGGGGCCGCGGGGUCGCUUAUCGACGCCAACGGGACGCCGAGUCGUGAAGCGUAAGAUUGACGACCAGGGGAAGGAACCGAACAAAAGCAGCCGAUAUGCAACAAGGACGACGACGGACGCGACAGCAAUUGAACUAGAAUGUGCAACCGAUAUAAGAAAUGGAAACAGAAGCGACAGCACCGACGAGGGAGGAGCGACGCUCCAGAGCGCCUUGCUUCUGCUGGGCCAGUUCCGCGCCGAGUUCCAUGGACUCAAAACUGCAAUCAAGGAGCAGAGCGAGAUCAUCCGUAAUCAACAAGAUACAAUCCGAGAAUUGAAGGAAGCAACUGAGGCGCAGCAGAGUCAUAUAAAAGAUCUGACUCAACUAUUCGAAGACACCAAGCAGCAGAUGGGCCAUGACUUGAAGCGAGCACACGAGCUGCUUGAAGCCAUCGCAGGCAGGACACAAGCUACCCCACCAAGCUCUUUCGCUGACGUCGCGCGUUCGUCGCCCCAGCCCCAGCCCGGCAAGGUGAGAAUGCCGCCGCCCGCCAAUACCAGGGCAUCGUCUUUGGCAAGUGAGUUCUAUUGCACAAUAGAUACGUCGCGGGUUGAAGAAAGCGACAGAGACCGUGCACAGGUGGGAGCUAUCCGGCAAGCCAUCGAAAGUGAGAUAAAGGCGAAGGAUGGUCAGGCGACCUGGAAAUGCGCCGCAGUUAUGAAGGAGGCUCGGAAUGCAGAACGGGUCAAGAUCAUAUGCAGAGAUGAAAACGAAUUGAAGCAAGUCAAAGAAGCCGCACAAAAGACGGCGAUCGUGGGAACAAGAGUGAUGAGGGACCAGCGCUACCCGGUCAAGGUGGACAAUGCCAACCGUACCAUGGUGCUGGAUGCGGAAGGGAACAUCCUACCAGGGGCGACCGAAGCGCUCGGCACAGAGAACAACGUCAACAUCGCCAAAAUGUCAUGGCUGAGCAACAAGCAAUCGGGAAAAGCCUACGGAUCGAUGGUGGUCUACGUCACGAAGGGAAGUGAUGCGAGACGACUUUUGGACGGUCGUUACUUUGACCUAGCCGGCGAGUCAGCGAUUACAAACGCAUUCGAACCACGGAAGGGACCAGUGCAAUGUUACAACUGCCAGGAGAUUGGCCACAAAUCGUUUCAGUGCAAGAACCCUCAACUUUGCGGGAGGUGCGCAAUGCCAGGACAUCACCACAAGGAGUGCCAGGUGGUAGAGCCGAAGUGCGUGCCGUGUGGUGGACCUCAUGAGUCGUUCAGCCGAAAUUGCCGCGUGCGGAACGUAUGCAGCGAUGAGUAA